AUGGCCAACUUGGAUAAGGAGCAGAGAUGGAAAGGCGUGAUAACAUCUUCUGCGUCCGAUGCUCUAGCUGUAUCAUACGCGGCGAAGAAGUUUCGAACGCCAUCGAUAAUAGUCUUGCCAGAGAGUACGACAGAACUCAAGAUCAAGGAGCUAACGCGUCUCGGGAGUACGGUUAAGUUACACGGACUGACUACUGAGGAUGUCAAAGAGGAGUGCUUGCGGCUGCAGUCACUUCAUGAUCUAAUUGUCAUUCCCCAGCCUGGAAAUGAGUACAUCAUCUCCGGUUGCGGUACUAUCGGACAAGAAAUAGUACAGCAGACGACCCAUUCUCAAGUCCAAGCGGUCUUCUGUCCGGUUACUUGCGGGACUCUGAUAGCUGGCCUAGGCAUAUAUCUCAAGCGCAUCGCUCCCAACAUCAAAGUCAUCGGAGUGCAACUCCAUGAUUCAGCGGAUAUCUCCCGGUUGAUACACUGCAAGGGACAGCCGACGUUGGAAGAGCACCUACUAUCGAGGAGCAUUUGUCCAGAGGUCGCUCGCAUCUGCAGCAAUGUUAUAGAUGACAUCGUCCAAGUCACUAUGAACGAGGUGUUGAUAGCGACAAAGAAGAUAUACGAAGACACACGGCAGCUUGUCAACACAGAAGGUGCACUAGCUGUCGCUGGAAUGAAGAGCUGGAUUACGUCGAAUGGAUUUGUAGGUUCAGAGAAGGAUUUUAUUGCGAUCACUUCAGAAGCUCAACUCGACUUUUCAGAGAUAUCGUCUAUCGUCAAACAAGCCUCGCUGGCCGAGAUGGCGAUGGAGCGUGAGAAUAAUAGUGGACUGGAAUCACUGGCGCAUGGUGCAGGGACUUGCGCUGGUGACGGAUGGUCUAGCAGUACGACUGUCAUUGGGACUGAGACUAUCGCUAGCUUUACAUCUGAUGUUGAUGGCAGUCUGUGGAAUAUCUGA